AUGGCCGCUUCCUCCAGCAAGUGGACGCUGGACAAGCUACGUGAUGCGAAGCAGCAGGCGUGGGACGCCGAGCAGAGUACACGCGCACAAGAGUACCGACUCAAAGCACGGCAGUUGCUUUUUCUUCUGCGCUCGAUCGAGUCGGAUGUCCAGGCGGCCGGUACGCCACCGAGUGGGGUCCCACAGUUGGAAGAUACGGAUGCUGCGCUCGAGGCCUGGGCGGGCCCCGCCGACACGUCGGCCCACGAUGCGAUCGCCGAGCGGAUGCAGAGUGCUACACAGACACUACGAGACCGUGCUCAGCAAGGGCUCGAGGCGCACAAGGAGAGUGCACAGCGCGCUGCAGCCUCGCGACCUUCGUCCAGCGAACAUGCCGAUCGUACGUCAAUGCCUGCGCCGACCAAAGCCGCGUCGUCACGACCGCCGACUGCGUCGGCGGCCAGUCAUGCGACGACAGCGGCCCCUUCGUCGCGCGCGAGCAUCCAACUCCCGCCGUCGCCCAUGCCCCACCCUGUGGAAUACGAGCAGACGCUGCCGAAUCCGCUACCGCCGCUGACAUUGCAGGCGUUGGCACCGAAUCCCUUGUCGGUAACGUAUGCUUCGUCGCUUCGGCCGCUGCCGCCUGACCCUACGCGGCGUAUGACAGGGAUCGGCACAGGCGGUGGCUCCAUGCACAAUCGCACACGUCGUACCGCGCAGCGGCCGGCAGCAGGCAGCAAGGGCCACCUGAAAAACAUGCCUACUGCGCCCGAUCUGGGGCGGUGGGCGAUCCGGGCCCGAGCGAGUUCCAGUGCGGGAUUGGUGCGCAAAGCGAACAAGUGUCUACUUACGCGCGACUGGAAGGUGGCAUUUACAGAGCAAAAGUUCGUCAAGGCAAUGAUGCGCAUUGACGAACUGAAGCAGCAGGGCCAAUGGAGUUUCCGGCAGCCGAAACGGAUCAAAGGCCCCGUCGAGCGGAAAACGCAUUGGGACUAUAUGCUGGAAGAAAUGCGAUGGCUGCAAACGGACUACCGAGAAGAGCGCAAAUGGAAACUCGCCUUGGCUUACGAGUUUGCGCACCAAAUUGCGCAGUGGCAUCGCUCGUCGCCUGCCGAACGACGUGCGCUGUGUGUACCACGCAAGCGCCCGGCAGAGGCCAAAGCCAUGGAAGUGGACGAGGUGGAGCCAACUCCACGCCCGCCUAUGCCUACUGAGGACGUCGAGAUGACCGCCUCCCACGAGGCUGUGGAUGUGGCCGGCGCAGCGGCCAAGCCGGCGCAGGUGCCAGAACCUGAGGCGGAGGCGAAGCCUGCGCCGAAACCUGCAGCAGCGGCAGCAGCGGACGCCGAGGCAGAAGCAGAGGCCGAGGCCGAGGCAGAAGCGGACGCCGAGGGUGAAGAGGAGGUCGCCCCUCCGCCGGAGCCGACGCUCAGUGUGCCGGACACGGAGGCGGAGCCUCUGGAUACGCCAAUGCGGGCCGAGGCGGACAAGGACGUGACGCUGAGUAGCAAGAUGCCACUGGCGCUCAUUACAGCGGUUCGGGCGCCGAUCUUUAGCCUGGAUGCGACGACGACCAUGGUAUCGUCGCAGGCCUUGGUCGAGCAGCUGGAUCCACAGACGAACGAGGCGGUGGCGCAGCUGGUGAGCACGGCGGCCAAGGCAGAAGGGACGACCAUCGAUGCUACCUCGUCACCGUCAGCCAGUGUCGAUGCGGCAGAGCUGGACUUUGGCAAGCUGUUCCCGGAGCUGCCGCAGUAUGCGCCGCCACAUGCAGCGGAGGAUCCCGUGCACCAGAAACGGCGCGACGAUACCAGUGCGGCGCCGUCGCGGCUCGUGCAAGUAUCGCGCCUGCUGGAUGCGAAGCCUGUGUUGGUCAGUACGUUGGACCCUGCCAACCACCGAUCGCAGCACCAAUGGCACAGCAUGAACGAAUGGACGUUGGCUGCCGACUGGGUCGACAAGUACUUGGGCGUGACAGAGUCGUCAUCAUCAUCGUCGUCGUCGUCGCCAUGGUCGGUCCCUGCAGGCUCUGUGCUGUUUGCACGCAAGGCCGGCAAGGCGCCACGGGAGCAUGCGCCGCAGACAGGCCCACCUGUGCCCCCAGCGCGGCCGGAAGAACGUGUCCAGCAGCUGCUGUGGAGUGCGGAUGACGAUGCGUUUGUCCAGGCGCUGGCCAAGCAGUAUGCGGAACAUUGGUCGCUCAUUGCCGAUGUGUUUAAUUCAGCUCGCUGGGUCUUGCCGACAGAGCGACGCACAGCCUGGGACUGCUAUGAGCGAUGCAAGUGGCUCGCGGACGAGCAGCGAGAACAGCGCCCCGUCGCAAAAGACGGGAAGAAGCCGCAUCGGCAGCACUUGCUGGAUGUCAUGCGCAAAUGUGCGAAGCGGCGCGAGCAAGCGCAGCGGCAAGCGGCCACGGCCGCGGCCGCGGCAAGUGCGACGACGAAGCGAGCUGUCUCGGCCAAUGAUACGCAUACGCAGGUGAAUGCCAUGGCCACGCCGACGCCGCAAGCCCUGAGCAUGCUCAAAGCGGAGCGAGAUCAAGUGGCGAUUCGGCAGUUUUUCGAGCAGCAACGAGCCGCGCAAUUCGCCUUUGUGCAGCAACAGCAGCAGCAGCAGCAACAGCAGCAGCAGCCACAGCAGCCCUCCGGCGCGCCCUCAGCGCCCACGUCGGCACAGCCAGCGCCGCCCCCGUCGUCGACAGGCCAGCCCGCGGCAUCGUCCACGCCACCACAGCAGCCACAGCCACAGCAGCCACAACCACAGCAGCAGCCACAACAGCAGCAGCAGCAGCAGCAACAACAGCAACAACAACAACAACAACAACAGCUACUGCAACGUUUGUCGCUGUCUCAAGGCGGCGCAGCUCCUGGCACAGCAUCGAUGCCUUCACCGUUUCUUCCGACCGACGAGCAGCGCAAAGCGGCUGCCGCCGCCGCCGCCGCCGCCGCGGCCACCAACGGUGCGUCCUCAUCGUCAACGCCGACCAACGGCACGCCACGCACAGCAGCUGCAUCGCUGCCACGGCCACCGACACCCGUCCAAGCCUCGCCCUCGCCAGCGCAGACACAGCAAUACUUGGCGGCCCUUACCGCAAGUCAGAACGCUGCGAAGCACAACCCGGCGUUGCUAGCGGCGGCCGGCGCAGGGUCCAUGCCGUACAUGCGUGCAGGCCAGCCAGGGCAGCCGUACUAUGGCCUAGACAACCAGGCGUUUGCCGCUGCCGUGGCAGGUAUGAAGAAUGGGGUCCCUGGCGCGCCAUCGUCGGUCUCAGCCGCGGCGGCAGCAGCGGCCGCAGCGACGGGCAAUGCAGGCGCUCGACCUCCGCAGCCGAUUGUGAUUGCGGCGUCGUCCCCUCAAGCGCAAGCGCUACGUUUGAAUCGCACCGCGACGACGCCCAUGGAUGGCCGGCCCUCGCCUGUGAACUUUGGCACGCCCACGGAAGCAGGUCGUGCGUCCUCGUCGCCAGUGAUGAAUGCGCCGGCAGGCUCCACGACGACGACGGCGGCCCCAGGGAUGCCGUUCCCCCCUGCGGCCGUGAGCUCCGCCGGAUUGUCGCCCAACGUUCGACCGACCGGCUCACCGGCCAUGGCAGCGGCCUCUGCGCCGCCCAAUUUGCAUGCACUGCAGCAGCAAUUGGCCAUUACGUUGGCAGCGUCGCACCUGAGUCAGGAACAAAUCAACGGCCUUGCUAUCCAGCUGUACAAGCAAGCGCAAGCACAGCAGCAGCAGCGCCAGGCGCAGGCACAGGCACAGGCACAGGCACAAGCGCAGGCACAGAUGCCCAGUACGUCGCUGCAUACGCCGUCGCCCCUCGCGCCUGUGGGUCAAGGCGCCACCGGCCCAGCGCCGGAGCCUGGCGCGGCUGCCAUGUCACGCUUUGUCGGCCUAUCUACACCCACGUCCAACGCUCCCUCGCCCUCGUCGCAGCGAGCCUCGCAGCCGCCGCCCCAAGGAGGAGGCGGGGUGCCGAUGCCAGGCACCGACGCCACGGCACUGCCCGACGGCGCAGCUGCCGCAACGGCACGGUCGUCCGCGACGUCGCCAACCGGCCGCUCGUAA